AUGCAGGCCGAGCUCGUCGACGGAGCCGGAAAGGCCGUCAAGCUCGAGGAGCUCAUCGACCGGGACUUCAAGACCCUCGUCAUCUUCAUCCGCCACUUCCGGUCGGGCUAUUCGCAGCGGUACAUCAAGCGGCUCUCCAAGAUCGCCAACGGCGAGCUUGUGCCCGCACUCGCCGCCCACAGACAGAACCCGCCGAGUGUGUCGAGCCUCUCGAAGCGCUCGGCCCCGGCCGACGGCCACGACGAGCGGCAGGCCGGCCAUUGGAUCCGGGCCAACGGGGUCAAGGUGGUCGUGAUCGGGAACGGGAACUACCAGCUGAUCGACAGCUACCGCACCAUCUUGAACUGCCCCUUCCCGAUCUACACCGACCUCUCCAAAGACCAGAAAGUGUACAAGCUGCUGGGCAUGCAGAAGCUCAAGGACGUCAAGCUGCUCCAGCAGGCCCCGCAGCAGCAGCACCCGCCGGCCAGCUUCCACAUCCACCCGCUCGCCUAUCCCGCCCUGCCCGGCGCCCGGGCCGCCGCUCACCACGAGCCGCUCGUGUACGAGUCCAAGCUGGCCUUCCUCUCCAAAGUGCUCUACAAUGCGUGGCGGAUGCCGUGGCAGUGGGCGGGCGACCCGCAGCAACUCGGCGGCGAGCUGGUGUUCGAGCCGGUGAGGGAAGAGAAGCGGAUCAAGCGCAAGCCGAUCAAGUACCGGCUGAUGGCCGGCGGCCUGCUGGCGAAGGCCAACUCCGUCCGCUCCACCACCACCACCACCUCUUCCUCCUCCUCCGACAUCUCCUGUUCGCCCUUCCGCAGACCCAGCUGCGCGAUCAAGAGCUCCCCAUCUCGCCUCCCCAGGGUCAGGGACGCCGUCAAGGAGAUCCAGGUCCAGUGCAAAUUCAUCCACCAGAUGACGAACUAUCAGGACCAUUUCUCGAUCGACGAGUUGAUGAUGAUGUCCGGCAUCCGGCUCACCUCGCUCAUCCAACGCUUCUAA